CUGGCCAUUGAUUUGCUGGCUGCCUGCUCGCAGCGCCCCGCCGCGACGCGAGUCACAGACAAGACAGGCAGGCAGUCAGUUUGCCCGAAGCUCUUGUACCGCUCGGGCGUUCGCGUUCACGUCGGUAGCUGGACACUCAGUGUGUCUUUGUGCCUUGUCUACUCGCCCCACGCCGCAAGCUUGUCACCGUGGGUGUCGUGCUUGAACGCCAAGCUGUGCCUGUGCUCCAGACUCCGCAACGCGACGUUGCCCCUUUGUGAUCCAGGCGAACCAGCUUUAAGUUUGUGAUUUUUACCUUCAGUGAGGUGUGAACUGAGUGAUACCGUCGACGGUGUUGUUGUCUUGGUGACGAACUCGAAGCACCGACUUGCUGAGGGCUUUGCCGUCCUCCUCCAGCGCGUUGGCUGUGCGAUGGCCAUUCCUAACCUCUCUGUGAGGUUGUAAUUUCUUGUGAACAAGUGUACCCGGGUCUCACCCGCUCUAGCUGGCCAUGUACAGCAUGAACUACAUCGGAAAGUUCAUCAGCAACUUCCGAGACUUCUACAAUGAAAUCAACACAGCAACUCUUACGGGUGCCAUUGAUGUCAUCAUCGUUGAACAACCUGAUGGAACCUUCACCUGCUCUCCAUUCCAUGUGCGCUUUGGAAAGCUUGGAGUUCUCCGCAGUCGUGAGAAAGUGGUGGACAUCGAGGUGAAUGGCGAGCCCCUGGACAUCCACAUGAAGCUGGGCGACUCGGGCGAGGCCUUCUUCGUGGAGGAGGUGUCGUCGGACGAGCUGAGCGACGAGGUGCCGCCGCACCUGGCCUGCUCGCCCAUCCCCACGGAGGGGGGCUUCCCCGCCCACUACCACGAAACCACCCUCGACCCGCUCGGCACUCUGGGGCCGCUGGCAGCCCAGCAGCAGACCGAGGAGUGGUCCAGGAGGAGGUGCAACUCUGAGGUUGUGAAGCGUACUCCAAAGGAGGCACCGAUCCAGAAGUUUGCACAGGAUGACAUAGACGAGCACAAACCAAGCAGUGAAAUUACAUAUGAUUGGGCUCAUGACUACAGCGCGACACCGGAAUUUGUUAGUAAUGAAGGGUUCUCGAAACUGGCUGCUCCCGCAAGCACCUCAGUAGAAACUCCCACUGCGACACCUGGUUCUGUGGCGAAAACCUUCAAGGCGGAAACUGUCAGCCCAUCUGAAAAUGGUGAAAGGGCUCGUAAACUCAGCACAGUAUCUGCUGAGUUCAGGCCCAUCUCUGACAGCUUGCCUAGCGGGUCACCCCCCAGUGGAAUUAAAUCACAAAGUACCAGUGUAGAAGUUGUAACCACUCCUGAAGAUGGUCCUGAGGAAAGUUCCAAGUCUUCUGUUAACAAAAGAAGAAGACGGAAGAGAAGUGUGAUGAAGAAGAAGGGUAAUGGUGCACCCACACCGCAGCGUAAAAAUAGUGAAGCAGGAGAAGCCUCUGAUACGAGUGCAUCAGUGGUUUGGGAGUCUGCAACUAGUAUCUUGUCCUCUGGCAAGCCCAAUAGUGAAGUUGCUGUGUUCACCAUGGAUGAUGUUGAUGGACUUCAGAGAACUUCACUUUCCCCCAGCAGUUCCACUGCUGCUGACACGAUAUCUAUUGACUCACCAACAUCUUCUUUAGAUCAUAACAAGGCUUCAGCAAAUUUAGCUGCUGAGAUUUCUAGAGACUUAUCCAAAGUGCAAAAUUCUGCUACAGAUUUUCACUUUUUUAGUGACACUGAAACCCUACCGGGAAACAACAGCAGGGGAUCUGAAACGAUUUUAAGUCGCAACCUCCGUUCUGCAAGUGAUGGGAUCUUGGCCUCCAUUCCUGUGACUAAACCAAUUAACGUUCCACUUGCUAUUCCCGUCCCUGUGUCACCAUCUCUACUAAAAUUUUUCCCUGACGAAGAGGACUCGAGACCAUGCUCACCCAUUCAGUCAGACACUGAAUUUGAAACCAACAAGAGGCCGGGAGGUGUGAAUGCAUCAGGUCCGUCUGCAGACUCGGCUUCUGGAGUUCCGCAGUCCUGGAGGUGGGGCGAGCUUCCUUCCCCGCCACCCAAGCAGAGUGGUGCUGGUGCCGACCGCACAGCAAACACCAGCUCCGAUGAUGAAGUUGCAAAGCAGCAAGAUAAUGCUGCUGCGCAAAAGUCAAUGCUGAGUGGAAUGUUCAGCUUCAUGAAGAAAACUAAGCGCAUUCGGCACAAUCCUGAGUCUGAGGGAAUAUAUUUGUCCGAGUUGAACGUGGAGGAUUUGGAUCCUGAAGUGGCUGCCUUGUACUUUCCAACCUCUUAUCAACGUCAGGGCUGCCCUGCCCCAGGAGAAUGUACAUCAUUGCAAAGGGAUGAAGAUGCUGAAUCUGGCAAUGGUCCAUCUCUACCUCAAUCUCCUCACAGUGUUGAAGGUGCCAUUGGGGGUCCUAAGUCUGUUGACAGUGAUUUUGAAGACUCCAAACAUUCCUUCUUGGAUAAGAAUAACUUUGGGGAUGUAUCAUUGUCCCUUUGUGGCAACAUUAAUUCUCCUAGCAGUUCGAUUGCUGAGAAAUUCUUGCAAAAUCUUGUCACUUUCCAAGACCUCAUUAAUAAUCCGAAAAUUUUGGAAGAUCCAAAUCUUGUGGUGAGAUAUGAUGGUCAAUACUACAACAUGAAAGCUGCUUCACCUCUAAUAGUAUCACUAAUGGUUUUCCGUCGACCUCUUCCUCAAGAUGUUUUAAAAUCGUUGACCAAUGAGUACAUGCCAAACUCUCCUAAUAAUGUUAAUGCUCAACAAGCCAAGCAACCAGAAAAUGUUGCUGGAGGUAGAGGAUACUCCUCAUGGUUUUAUUGGCGCCGUAAUGAACCAAAGAAAAUGGCUUCAGACUCAGCUGUUGGAUCCUCAUCCAGCUUUGAGAGUGAGCCAGCUAACAUGACUGCAUCUGCAAGCACCAUUUUGGAGAUGCCUGACGACACUUACCGUGUAGGAGAAGCCACUGAUCGCGAUGGCCGUCCAUUGACUUUGGAUAUCCCUUCUGCUGGCACUCAAGUUACUCUACCACAUGAAGGAACCUCCGCUCAAGACCGGGGAUUGCAUGGUCUGCGAGAUUCAAAAGACGCACUUCGCGAAGAAGGCUACAAUGGAUCAAAUUCAUCUGACUCAGAUGAUGCCCAGAGGAACAAAAGUGGAGUGAAAAUACCUGUUGAAAGAAGAAGUUAUUACCAAGCACCUGAAAAGUACAGGAAAACACUUAGGCUGUCCUCUGAGCAGAUUGCUCUGCUGAACCUUCAAGAAGGUACAAAUGAAGUGGUUUUCAGUGUCACCACAGCGUAUCAAGGAACAACGAGAUGUAAAUGCAACAUCUAUAAAUGGAGAUAUGAUGACAAAAUAGUAAUUUCUGACAUUGAUGGCACCAUCACUAAGUCUGAUGUGUUGGGCCACAUUCUUCCUAUUGUGGGUAAAGAUUGGGCUCAGAGUGGAGUUGCCCAACUGUUCACAAAAAUUCAAAACAAUGGCUACAGGCUCCUGUACCUGUCAGCUCGAGCUAUUGGUCAGGCUCGCGUUACUCGCGAAUACCUUCGCUCCAUCAAGCAAGACGAUCUCUCAUUACCUGAUGGGCCUCUUCUGCUCAACCCUACAAGCCUAAUGAGUGCCCUUCACAGAGAAGUCAUUGAGAGAAAGCCAGAGGAAUUCAAGAUUUCGUGUCUCAGAGACAUUCAAGCCCUAUUCCCAAGUCACUGUAAACCAUUCUAUGCUGGUUAUGGUAACAAAAUAAAUGAUGUUUGGGCGUACAGAGCUGUUGGCAUCCCAAUAUUCCGCAUCUUUACUAUCAACCACCGAGGGGAACUCAAACACGAGUUGACUCAAACCUUCCAAUCAUCUUACCUGAAUAUGAGCUGUAUUGUGGACCAGAUGUUCCCAGCUCGCAUUGAAGACACCUCAGAAGACUACACAAGUUUUGUGUUUUGGCGAGAACCUGUUGAAGAUGUUCAAAUUGACAUUGAUAAGACAGCAGCAACAGCUUCCAAUUCACCUCCGGCCAAAACUGGGGCUGCCAGUGAGCCAUCCAAAAAGGGAGUGAAAUGAGCUAAGUUAGCAAAGGGAGAGUGAUUUUAUUAUUUAUUCCUUGUUCAAUUUUGUCAUGACUGGCAAAGUGUGACUGUUCUCUAUGUACAAAGUUUUGCCCAUAUCACCUAUACCUGAAUGAUAAAAGGUAUUGAAAGCAUUGUAUCAAGCAAGGUUUACAGAUAAGGGAAGAAUUUGAACAUGGCUCUUCCACAUAUUGCCUAAUAUGUGGUUCAGACAUGUCUCUUUCUUGUACUUUAUGCUAAUUUUUAAUUAUGUACAUAUUUUGCAUAUUGUUGCUCUAAAACUCUCUUGAACCAGUUUUGAAACCAUUAAGGAAUCCUCACGGUUCGCUUAGGAGAUUGGAGUGUUGCCUAGAUUUACAUUUUAUUGUGUUUUAACUAUUGGCAACAAUAUUUUAUGCUUGAUGAAGAUAGGAAUUACUUGUAGAAGAAAAGUAUUAGGAUUGCGAAUCAAUUUCUGUCAACAUGUGUUGACGUGUAUCUUUAAUCAAAUUAAGCGGAUCUGUGAUGACCGACAGACUGACUACAGUGUGGGAGGGGAGAAUGAACGUUGUGCAUAAGAGCGUGAUUAUCUUGUAGCUCUCUUGUAAAUGUGUAUUUAAGAGUAACCUGUUAUUUAAGAAUACUUUAGCAUUUAUUAUAUCUGUGAAAUGUUACCAUAGUCAAAAAUGAUAUUGGAGAUUACCCUUUACCCCUUUUUCUUUUAAUUACUGUAUUCCUUCAUCAAACAAGGUACAAUUAUGUGUAAAAGAAAAAAAAAUCAGUGGCCAAUUACAUAUUAUUUACAGCGUACCUCACUAGACUUUAUUUUACUGUAUACAAGUAAGAGCUACUCCUAGCUUUUACAAUUACCAGUUUUUGAGUGAUAAUUUUUAUUGUGAUAAUGGGGAUUGCACGUGGACUGUGUAUGCGGCCGCGCAUGUUGAUAUUUGUAGUUAUGCAUACUGUAGGUAAUCUUGCCUCAGUUAUCUGUCCUGUAUGUUCAAUAAAUGUCUCAAAAAUUU